ACCUCAAAAGUGGAAAGUGGCUCGUAAGUUUUUUUGAUGUAACAAUGGUUCUCUUAACGAGAACUUUAUUUGCUAUUAAAGAAAUUAAACGCCCACGAAAGUACCUCCGUAGUAAGUUUCUUGAUUCCAUUAGGCUACACGUAAAAGGUGGCACAGGAGGCACUGGUCUUCCUAAGUACGGAGGUCUCGGAGGACAAGGUGGAUGUGUGUACUGUAUCGGCAAGGAAAAUGCAAACCUCAAGACGAUACAAAGUAAGUUCCGCGCCAAAACUAUCACUGCGGGCCAUGGGGAAGAUAGCCGAAAGACCAAGAUUUUAGGUAAUCCUGGUGCAGAUGUUAAAUUAGAGGUUCCUCUUGGAGUCACCGUGUAUAGAGAGGAUGGUAAAGUAUUGGGAUCAAUAGAUAAGGAAGAUGAAACCAUCAUUAUAGCUAGGGGUGGCCCAGGAGGCAAUCAGGAAAAUAGCUUUCUUGGACACUUUGGUCAGACACAUCAUGUUCGGUUGGAUUUAAAACUGAUUGCUGAUAUCGGGCUCGUCGGGUUCCCUAAUGCUGGCAAGAGUUCUCUUUUGAAAGCCAUUUCAAGAGCCAAACCUAGAAUAGCAAAUUAUCCUUUUACUACAAUAAAGCCCAAUAAAGGGAUUAUACAAUUUGAAGAUCUUCGGCAGAUAUCCCUAGCAGACUUGCCUGGUCUGAUAGAAGGAGCUCAUAUAAAUGUAGGGCUUGGUCACAAGUUUUUAAAGCAUGUAGAGAGGACAAAAUUAUUGCUUUUUAUAGCUGAUGUGCAGGGAUUCCAACUAAGUCCUAAGUAUCCUAAAAGAUCAUGCUUGGAAACUGUCCUUCUCCUAAACAAAGAACUGGAGUUGUAUGAUCCUGAGUUGUUAGAGAAGCCAGCAAUAUUGGCUGUAAACAAGAUGGACUUGGAAGGAGCAGAUGAGAUUUUUAAAAGAGUCAAAGAAGCAUUGAUGGAUAUUAAGAAAGUUAUCCAUACAGUACCUGCUGAAAUCAGACCAGAAAAUGUGAUAACUUUUGAGGAUGUUGUAAGUAUUUCUGCUCUUAAGGACAGUGAAAGCAUAAAAAACUUGAAAUAUUUAUUGAGGAAGAGAUUAGACGAAUAUGGAGAAGAGAACAACCCUGACAUUGUUGAUGCCAGUAGACUCUUGCGUAGAAACAGAGCUACAAUCAAAGAAAGAGGGCCUCAAGUUACAUAGUAUAAAGAUUUAUAGAUAGUAACUUUAUUAGUAGAUUAAUAUAAGAAAAUAAAAUACCAAAUCAGAA